CUUAAGGUCCGUCUGGAAGCGCUCAAAGAUUGCGAUCCAAAAGUGACGGAACAGCUGCAGAAAGAUUGUACGGUCGCUAAGGAGGCCGUCAAUCGAUGGACAGACAACGUAUUUCUAGUGAAGUCGUGGUGUAAAGAGAAGUUCAAUCUCGAAGACGCGGAACUCAAUAAGCAGUUCGAUAUUCCCGAAGACUUUGAUUAUCCCGAAUGACCGGUCAUUCAACUAAUAUAUGAUUACUUUUUUGUUGUAAACAUUUCUGAUUUCUAUUUGUUUGUAUAAU